AGGAUUUCUCUGCGAAGAAAAGUGCUGCCAUCCAGCGCAGCGGUACUUUUCUGAACUCUGUUGCGCAGCUGAUGACAGAAUCCCAUCUUGCUCGAAGGGAUCGAUUUCGCACGACCAUUUCUCUGCGUAUUUUCGCCGUGAGAAUUCCCGGAGGAUGAACAUGGCAGGUAAACUGUUGGUGAGCUGCCUCCGCAAUGUCCGGAAUGUACCAAUCGCUCGAAUGUCAGGACAUGAACCUCCUCCUUACUCGUUCACCCUUAAAGCUGGAAACCGAGAAGUAGUCGGCUAUGGAGUCAACGGCGAGGCGUCAUACAUCGACCAUGAAGCCUGGCCAAUGCCCGCUGUGCGCUUCAAGGAAAUCACUCCUGACCUUGCCAUCUUGAAGGAGAAGGAAAAGGGAGACUGGAAAAAAUUGACAUUGGAGGAGAAGAAAACACUGUACAGAGCGAGUUUUUGUCAGACAUUUGCAGAAAUGGAUGCUCCAACAGGUGAAUGGAAAUCUAUUACAGGAAUCACCCUAACGCUUAUUACCACGGCUCUGUGGAUAUACGUGGGAAUGAAGUUAUUUGUGUACGAACCACUUCCGGAUUCUUUCAAAGAGGAAAAUCGACUCGCUCAAUUGGAGCGUAUGAUUGCUCUCGAUGUUGAACCAAUUACAGGCGGACUCAAACGCAAAAAAGCGUAAACGAGUUAUUUAAAAUGCAAUUAGUGAAUAAAAUUUGUACGUUAGAGUGAAACCGAGUUGAAUCCAAAAAAUUGUGCAAAACGCAUGAAUGGUGAAAUAAAAUCGAUGAAUCGAUCCUCUGACGCAUAGUAA